AUGGCAGAACUUUUAGGGUCUAGAUUAAAACAGUGGAAUCUUCUCCAAUCUGAUGUUAAAAUACAUGAACUUGUGAAAGAUCCUGCAUUUGAUGAAGUUUUGAAAGGGCAAGAAAAAGAAACUUGGGAAUCUCUCAAGGGAGUGAUUUGUGGAUUUUUAGGCCACAGAAGAGAUGAUAACUACAUCCAAUUGUUAACAGUACUUCUGCAAAAAUGCCAUCAACUAAGACGUAACAUGUCCUUGAAGAUUCACUUCCUCAACUCACAUUUAGACUUCUUUCCACUUUGUGGAGCUGUUAGUGAUGAACAUAGAGAAAGAGGCAUCAAAUUAUUCGACAUCACUGAAUCACUCAUAAUCUUACGAAUCAAAUAUGCAGCUCCCUCCUGGUCUGGUCUUGCUACACAACAACAACAUCAGCAACUACACUCUCUCAUCAAAAAACUAAUCCGCUUCAAUUAUCUAUCUGCAUCAUAUCCUACCGUCACUCAGAUAUUCAACACACUCGAUUCAAGACUGUUCAAGAAACGCAAACAUAACUAUCAAGUAGCCACCCAAUCUACAUAUCAGGAAAAGACUUUCAUCACAAAACACCUCAAACAUAUUAACACUCAAUAA